UCUUUUUAAUUGAUUUUUUUCAAAAAUUAAAAUUGCAAACUAAAAAUACAAACUAGGGAGAAAAAGAAAAAAAAUCGGAUUGGGCAUAGUUCUUAACAGCCGUUGACAAUUUAAAUGCAACAAGCAGCUCCUUAGUUCUUGACGACUUUCUGAUCCACAUUGACCCCGGAUCGCGCGAGAUUGUGCUCGCGGAUGGAAGAGUCCCAGGAUCGCCAGCGCAGCUCAGAACUGUUCUGGGCAGGGAAAGUGAAGCGUUAAUAGAGGCGUCUUCGCUAGUAGCCUGGCUUGUCCGCUACAGGCCGCCGUAGCGGGACCGGCUGAGAAUAGUCAUGGCUGCUAUCCGGGGAAAGAAGGGGGAAAGCAGCGGCAGUAAGAUGAGAGAGGGGGAGGAAGAGGAGGAUGGAGAGGAUAACAUUCUCUACGACUUGCUGGUCAACACCGAGUGGCCGCCGGAGAUUGAGGUGCAGCCAAGAGGCAACCAGAAGCAUUAUGCAUCAUUUAUCAUCACAAGAGUGAUUAUGGGCCCUGCUUUAUUUCUGCGCCACUUUUGGAGCAGUAGUGCAACAUUGUCUCUCCCUGUUGGAUUUGUCCGCCUGGUCAAUAAACAGAUGAAUUGGCACCUAGAGCUUGCAAGCAAUGGAAAACUGCUAGCAAUUGUUCAAGACCAGACUAUAGAAAUAAGGUCUGCCAAGGAUGAAUUUGGAUCUGUCAUUGGGAAAUGUCAAGUCCCUAAAGAUCCGAAUCCCCAGUGGAGAUGUGUUGCGUGGAGUCACGAUUGCACUUUGCUUGCCUACGGUGAAAGCAUGGGAACCGUUCGAGUAUUUGACUUGGUCGGCAGUGAACUCUUCCUCAUCCAGCCGGACACUAGUUUCCCAGGGGACUUGACUUACGCCAUUGCAGGAUUGAUCUUCUUGGAAUACAAAGCCAGCGCUCAGUGGUCAGCUGAACUGUUAGUCAUCAAUUAUCGUGGUGAACUGAAAAGCUACCUUGUGAGUGUUGGAACAAAUCAGAGUUACCAGGAGAGCCAUGUUUUCAACUUUAGCAAGCACUAUAUUAAUGGAAUAACUGGAGUACUUUAUUAUCCUGCACAUCGAGUCUUGAUUAUUGGUGGCUAUGAAGUGGAUGAUGAUGGAGCUGGAAUGUCUAAAGCAAGUAGUUGUGGUUUGUCAGUAUGGAGAGUUCUUUCUGGAUCACCCUAUUAUAAGCAGGUUACUAGUUACGAAGACGAUGUUGGGAUCGUGAAAAAAAGUUCAUUGUUUAAGAUCUUUCAUCUUUCAUUUAACAACAGACAAGGAAGGGAAAAGGAUGGUGUCUUCAAAAUGAGACUUUCUCCAGACAACACUCGUCUAGCAGUUAUACAUUUCUCUGGAAGACUGACUAUAUGGAGCAUUCCUUCUCUGAAACAACUAAGAGAAUGGGAACAAAGUGACCAGCCAGGAUAUGAUGAAAUCAAACUGGAGUGGAAACUGUCUCUGGAAAAGCGGAAGAAAAUUAAAGACAAAGAAUCUUUUUAUCCAUUGAUAGAUAUAAACUGGUGGGGGAAGAAUUCUGUCAUUUUGGCUCGCUGUUCAGGUGCUCUGACAGUGUCAUCAGUGAAGAACUUGAAAAACCUGUUGGGGAAAUCCUGUGAAUGGUUUGAAAGCUCUCCUCAGGUCACAUCGGCUCAUGAUGGAGGAUUUCUAUGUUUGGAGUGUGAGGUGAAGUUUGCUCCAAAGAGAUUGCGCUCAGAGAACAGGCCUGGUGAUGAAGACGAAGGAGAAGACGACUCGGAUUCAGAUGAUGAAUUGUCUGCAAAGGCCCGCUAUUUUGGUUACCUUAAGCAAGGACUUUAUUUUGUAACCGAAAUGGAACGUUUUGCUCCUCCAAGGAAGCGUCCUCGCACAAUUAUAAAGAAUUACCGACUUGUGAAUCUGAGAUCCACAACCCCUGAGGAAUUAUACCAAAGGAAGAUUGAUAAUGAAGAAUAUGGGGAAGCUUUGUCCCUAGCUCAGACAUAUGAACUUGAUUCUGACCUUGUUUAUCAGAGGCAAUGGAGGAAAUCUGCUGUUAGUGUGGCUUCUAUUCAAGAUUAUUUGAGCAAAAUUAAGAAGCGUUCUUGGGUACUUCAUGAAUGCCUGGAAAGAGUUCCUGAAAAUGUGGAUGCUGCUAAAGAAUUGCUGCAGUAUGGUUUAAAGGGGACAGACUUGGAGGCUCUUAUAGCUACAGGGAGAAGAGAAGACGGUGGCAGAUUUAUCUUACCAGGUGACGUAGACAUUGAUGAACUACUUUAUGAAGAAUUUUUAACACCAGAGGAAGAAGCAGAGUAUAGAAAGGAGCAGGAAGCCAUAAAGCGUCAAGAACUUCUAAAAUCAGUAAACUUCUCAAAAUUAACUCUGGAACAGAAAGAAUUAUGUCGCUGCAGAUUGAAACUGCUAGCCUUUUUGGAUCGACUUGCAACAUAUGAGGAAAUCCUUGGAGGACCACAUGCUGCUGAGCAAAAUUAUGAUGCAGAAUUUUUCAGGAAGUUCCGCAGUCAAAAUAUUGUGCUUUCUGCAAGAACAUAUGCUCGGGAAAGUAACGUAAGAGGCUUGGAGAUUUUAUUUACCUAUCAUGGAUCAGUUCUGCUUCCAUAUCGGCUGCCAGUUCUCUCCAAUUUUCCUGAAACUACCUCCCCACAUGAAUAUUCUUUUUUGCUGCCUGAAGCUUGCUUCAGAGAAAGUGCACUUGCUAUUGUUCCUUGGAGUGAGAAAAAACACAGAGAAGAAGAUUGGUGUGAAGGGCCACCAUGCAAAUUAAUUAUUGAUCCAGUUCUUCAAGAUGAAAGUGAAAUUUUGUUUGACUCUCAACCUGAAUUGUUGAAAUACAGAGCAACUGACCUUUCAAUAGAUUUAGUAACAGACUGGUACUGGAAACGAGCAGAGGAGAUAGAAAAUUACUCUAUGCAGGUAGAUUCUGCUCUCUCAUUGGUUCGCCUUGGCAUGGAAAGGAAUAUUCCUGGUCUUCGCUCUCUGUGUGAUGAUCUGGUUACAUUGGAGACACUAGUUUAUGAGACUGGAUGUGACAUUACUUUGAAGUUAAAAGAGUUACAGCAAAUGGAAAACAUUGAGAAGCUAAGGCUGUUAAUGUCAAAUUCAUCAGAAGACAGAUAUGUCAAAAAUGCUUACCAGUGGAUGGUCCCCUUCCUACAUCGGUGUGAAAAUGAGUCUCCAGGCAUUGCUAAUGAGCUUCUCAGAGAGUACUUGGUAACAUUGGCAAAGGAAGACCUGACAUUCCCUUUGAAAAUAUUUGAACAUUCUAAACCAUUAAAUCAGCAAAAAAUAAUUUCAGAUCAACUUCUCUUAAUGAUGACCGCUUUAGAAUGUAUCUACAGCUGCAAACGUGAUGACCAGCUUUCUCUGUGCUAUGAUAUCUUAGAAUGUCUCCCUCAAAGAGGUCUGGGCCUUGAAACAGACAUUGCCAAUGAUCUUCACAAUAAAGUUGAUGAAUUGGAACAAAUUCUUAGUGUAUCAGAACGUUUGGAAAAACAUGGACUCCAGAAACCUGUAUCCUUUGUAAAAGACACAAAGAACAGUCCAGAAGAAGCACAGAAACUGAUGAUAAGAUUGACUCGGCACAUAGCCAAAAAGCAGCCUUCUGUUAAUGAGAAGUACUGGAUGGGAUUAUUGCAAGACAUGCUGGUUAUGCAGAAAAAUGUUUAUAAUUGUUUAAGAGCAGACACAUGCUAUGAGAUUUUUACUGAAAGUCUUCUAUGUUCAAGCUUGCUGGAGAAUAUCCAUUUAGCUGGGCAAAUGAUGCAUUGCAGUGUUUGGUCAAUAGAUCCUCCCGUAUCUAAAGGAAAAAUGCAAUGCAGAAUCAGCUAUGAGAAAAGCAUUGAAUUAGUUUUGGCUGCUAGCCGAGAGUAUUUCAAUUCUUCAACCAAUCUGACUGAUACUUGCAUGGAUUUGGCCAGGUCCUGCUUACAGCUCAUUACAGACUGUCCACCUGUUAUUCAAGAGGAACUAGAUCUUAUUCGUUCUCUUAGCUACUUUGAAGAAUUUGGUGUGAAAAUUUUACCGUUACAAGUGCGCUUGUGUUCUGAUCGACUCAGCCUUAUCAAGGAAUGUCUCUCUCGGCUGCCUACAAACUAUAAGCAAUCUGCCAAGUUUUUGGGACUUGCAAAUUUACUGAAGGUUGCAGGUGAUGACCAGAUGGAGAGAAAAGGACAGGUUUUGAUACUUUUAGUGGAACAAGCACUCAAAUAUCAGGAUUACAAAGCUGCAAAUAUGCACUGUCAGGAACUUAUGGCUUCAGGAUACUCUAAAAGCUGGGAGGUUUGUAGCCAGUUAGGACAAUCAGAAGGAUAUCAAGACAUGGCCGUUCGGCAGCAGCUCCUGGCCUAUGCUUUGACACACUGUCCCCCAAGUGCCAUAGAACUGCUAUUGGCAGCAAGCAAUAUUCUACAGGCUGAGGUUCUUUAUAACACAGUCAACUACCAAAUACGACCUUCUGAAAAAGGAGAAAAUGUAAAUAUUUCCCGAUCAUCAGCUGGAAUGAAAUUAGAGUGUCCUCUGGAGGCUGAUAGCAGCUUUUCCUCUAGUCAGUCUGCUGAUCUCCUGCAGUGGACCACAGCUAAAACCAUGAAGGUCCUUUCUAACACAACUCUGACCACAAAAGCUGUAUUGCAUGCUGUCAGUGAUCGACAGUGGUGGAAGAAGUCAAUAGCUUAUCUUCGACCAUUGCAUGGUCAAGAGUUUGGAGAUGUAUUAAAAAACGCCUCUGGAGGAAAUGCAACAUUUGAAAAGCAAGGGUGUCAUCCAUUUUACGAAUCUCUGAUUGAUAAUCCAUAUCUUUCAGAUAAUGAAAUAACUUAUACUAUGUAUGAGCAUGCUCCUUUGGAAAGCUUUGCAGAAGUAUUGUUGAGAACAGGAAAGCUUGCAGAAACUAAAAGUGAAGGACAUGAUCUGUUUCCUGCUACAGAAGUCCUGUUACAGUUGGCCAGCGAAGCUUUACCAAAUGAUAUGACAUUAUCUCUUGCUUACCUGCUUGCAUUACCCCAGGUGGUGGAUGCCAACAAGUGCUUUGAAAAACAGUCUCCUUCAGCUCUCUCACUCCAGCUGGCAAGUUAUUACUAUAGUCUACAAAUCUAUGCUCACUUGGCACCAUGUUUCAAAGAUGAAUGCCAUCCCCUUUACAGGGCUGAUCCCAGAGAUUUAAUUCAGAUGGUCACAAAGCAUGUUACCAACUCCAGCUAUGCGGACUGGCCAGACGAAAUAGCAAUUCUGAUUAAACAUCUUCAGUACUAUAAUGAACGACUCUUGGAUUUCACCCAGGCUCAAAUUCUUCAAGGGCUUGGCAAAGGAGUGGAUGUCCAAAGGUUUACAGCAGAUGGUCAAUACAAGAGGGAAACCAUAUUAGGUUUGGCAGAAACACUUGAAGAAAAUGUGUACACUAUAGCUCUCUCCUUGGCUCAGCGUUAUAAUGUCCCACUCUGGGAAGUUCAUAUGACACACUUGGAAUUUCUCUUCAGCGACAGCGGUUUGUCCACAGCUGCAAUAGAAGACCGGGCAAAAAAUCUUGGCCUAUUUGAGACUCUGAAAACUGUUCCCAAAGCCUUUCAUGAGCAUAUGACCAAAUAUGUGUAUUCUAUCAUUGAAGGAAAGGAUCACCAGCGCUUACUCUACUAUUUCACACUUCUUGAGAACUGUGCUUGCUCUGAAUUUGUGAAAGAUACCAUCAAACUUGAAACUCACAUACGACUACUGAAAAAAUUCAAGGCGGUUGCCCCAGGUCUUAAUUAUAAAAAACUAACAGAAGAAAAUGCAAAUCCUCUGGAAGCUUUGGAUCCUGUCCUCACAAGUCAAAAUAUUCUGCCUAUUUCCAAGCUUGUUUCUAAAAUCCCAGGAAAAGAUGGAAGUUUGCUUUCUCCUAGCUCUGUCUAUGCUGCCUGGAUUAAAAAACUGUUCUGGAAUGGGGAUUCCCAUCUGAUUAAAAGGAUUCCAGAAACCCCAUCUGAAUGGCUGCAUUCUUAUGACAUUUGUGCCAAAUACUUCGAUAGACUUUACCCAGGAGAUAUUAUCAAUUUUCUGGAUGAAAUUACUUUUUCUUCAAAGGCUGUCACCAAACUGUCAGUAGAUUCCCGGGUAGAGAUGACAAAGAAAGCCAUAAAGUCGAUGAGACAUACAGCUGAAAAAGCUGGGAAAAGGGCUUCUGAAGGGGACCUCACAGAAGGUGUGGUUCACAGGCAAAUCACUUACGAAGAUGUUUUGAAUCAUCUGCAACAGUCCCUUGCACAUCUGGAAACCCUUAAUCAUAGUUUUAUUUCUUACCUGAAAACCAGUGACCAGAAAAUACUGCAAGAAUAUGGCUAUCAAUACGAUAUAUCCCGGUCAGAAAAAAAAAGAAUCCAUGAACAAGCUGUAACAAUGUGCUUAGAUGGACAACCUUUGAGCAUGAUAAAAACAUUACUGGAUGUUGCUGUUGGAGAUUUAGGACUUUCACCCAAGGAUAUUGUUGAGACAGCUCUAAUCAGAGUAAUUGCUGCUUUGAGUGAAGGGAGUGAUCAGCAUUCUUUUCAGAAAGAUCAUUUUCAGAUAUUGGAAGACAUGGUCUCUGCUGUCCACACAAGUGCUGAAAAUGGCGAGAAUCUGGUGUCUUCAGAUGAUUUGUUGGCUUGGCUUAGGCCCUUCUGUGGGGAUGAUUCUUUACCAGUGAGGCCUCGCAUAAGAGUGCUACAGAUUUUGGAGCAAGCUUUUCACCUAAGUGACGAGGAUAGCAAACUACUUAUACUAUUUAGAACACAAGCUGUUCUCAAAGCCUAUUGGCCCCAGACUCAGGUAGAAAUAACAGAGAUUGAAAAUGAAGAAAAAAGGUAUCUUCUGUUCAUGAAACUUCUGGAAAAUAGUGGGGAACAUGAAGAAUUCCAGCAUUUAGUUAUGCUUCUUCAAGCUUGGCCUCCUAUGAAAAGCCCAGAUAUGUAAGUUAUUUGUUUUGCAUUUAACAUAAGUUUAAAAUACCUUUGGAGAUUUUAAAGUAGAUCUUAUCCUAGUGUUAAUUCUGAAUGUACUUUCCAUUGCUUAAGAAAUAAGUGAUUGUAGAAUUCCCUUGUUAUUUUUAAGUGAUAAGAAACUGCUG